GCUUGAAUAAGGAACACUUACUUUUCAAAAGGGGCUCGGUCGUUCCUUUGGUUUGCAUGCGCUCCGCUACCUUUUUGGCGGCGAGCCCCCCUGGUCUUCCUUCGGACUUCGUAGAAUCACUUGGAAAAAAGAGGCUUCCUUCCUUAUUUAUCGUUCCUUAGGUCAGGCGGGAUCCUGUACUCCCAGGGGCAGCCAUGCCGGUAGUCCUGUCUGCUCCAGACGCCGCGGCCGGCGUCGUGGCCGCGCUGGCGCUCGAGGACGCGCUGGCCGCCAGAGCCGCCGACUCCGCGCUGGCCGUGGCAGUGUCGUACGUCCUGGCAGCGCGCCGGCUGCUGGAGCUGCGCUGCCGCGUUGAGGGCGUGCCCGAGGGCAGCGCGCCCGCCCACUUCGCCGGCGUCGCGCGCCUGGUGCUGCGGCAGGGCGUGACGCCCGUGUCGGGGCGCAUGUUCGAGCAGCACGAGGAGCUCGCCGCGGCAGCCGCGCUGGCCGGCAGGCCCGCGUCUGGUCGCGGCUGCUGAGCGCGGCGCGGCGCGCUGGCCCCGGGCUCCCGCGCGCGAAGAAGGAACGCACGGCCUUCGUGGCGAGGGUGGCCGAGCAGCGCGCGGCGGCGUGUCGGGCCGCGGCGGCCUCCGCGGUGGAGCUGGUGCUCCACUGCGCCGAGGACGCGGCGGACCGGGAGAGGCUGCUGGAGGACGUGAGG